AACUUUACAGAAACCAGAAUGACUAUCUCAUCAGGCAGCGAUGCCCAUCUCCUCAUUUUCCCAUACCCAGCACAGGGCCACAUGAUACCACUCUUAGACCUAACCCACCAACUAGUCCUCCAUAGCUUCACCAUCACCAUUCUAACCACCCCAAAGAACCUCCAUCUCCUCGACUCUCUUCUCUCCACUCACCCAGCUUCCAUCAACACCCUCGUCCUCCCAUUUCCCACACACCCUUCAAUCCCACAAGGCCUAGAAAACACCAAAGACUUAGCCCCCACUUCUUUCGAAGCCAUGAUAUGCUGUUUAAGUGAACUCUACGACCCCAUAACACAAUGGUUCAAAUCCCACCCUUCACCACCUGCGACUAUAAUAUCCGACAUGUUCUUAGGUUGGACUCAUCGACUCGCAUGUGAACUGGGUAUUCAUCGUAUCGUGUUCUCGCCCUCUGGUGCUAUGGCUUUGUCUGUCAUGUACUCUCUCUGGCGUGACCUACCUAGGAGAGAAAACCCUAGUGAUGAAAACGAGGCCGUUUCGCUCCCCAACAUUCCUAGUUCCCCCAAAUACCCUUGGUGGAAACUCUCUCCCCUUUAUCGUAGCUUCGUUGAAGCGAACCUAGAUUCUGAAUUCAUCAAAGAUGCGUUUCGCGCUAACAUGGCGAGUUGGGGACUCGUUAUCAACUCGUUUAACGGGUUGGAAAGGGUUUAUUUGGAAAAUUUGAAAAAAGAUAUGGGGCAUGAUCGUGUCUGGGCAGUAGGACCAUUACUCCCAUCUUUGCCUAAUCAGAGAGGUGGGUCCAGUUCAGUCAAAGUAGAAGAGAUUUUAUCGUGGCUUGACACGUGUGAAGAUCGCAAGGUUGUGUACGUGUGCUUUGGGAGUCAAGCUCUAUUGAACAAUAAUCAGAUGGAGAAGCUUGCAUUUGGGUUAGAGAAAAGUGGGGUCCAGUUUGUUUGGGUGGUAAAGGAGCCCACAGAAGUAUACGUGGACGGCGAUAACAACACCGUUCCACAAGGAUUCGAGGAUCGUGUGGCUGGGAGAGGCCUUGUUAUUAAAGGGUGGGCUCCACAGGUUUUGAUACUAAGUCACCGAGCCGUGGGUGCGUUCUUGACUCACUGUGGAUGGAACUCGGUCCUUGAGGGGAUAAUAGCAGGGGUGCCACUGCUGACGUGGCCAUUGGGAGCUGACCAAUUUGUGAAUGAUAGUUUAUUGGUGGACGAGCUAAAGGUGGCAAUAAGGGUCGGUGAAGGUAGAAAAUUUGUGCCUGACCCGGACGAGUUGUCACGAGUUUUAGUUGAUUUGGUGAGUCAGGAGCGAGUCGAGUGUAAACGAGCAACUGAGUUGCGUGGGGUGGCACUUGAGGCCAUUGAAGAAGGCGGGAGUUCGGUUAUUGAAUUUGACUCGAUGGUGAGCAAGCUGGCUGCACUUUCAUUACCAGUGAAGAAUAGUACCUUAUAGUAAUUAAUUGAUUUUUUUUUUAUGAGUAGUAAUUAAUUGAUUAUUAUUCGAAAAGAGAAGUAUUGAUAUUGAAGAGAUUUUUUUU